AUGUACAAAUCUGAUGGAACUAUGAUUCACUUCAAGAACCCGAAAGUGCAAGCCUCUGUCCAGGCCAAUAUAUUUGCUGUUUCCGGUCAAGCUGAGACAAAGAGUAUUUUGCUAUUUUUGUAGCAUAUGUUUUAGCUCUGUCUGAGUUGUUCCCGAACGUUCUUAACCAACUGGAGACCGCAAAAAUGCGUCUUUCGAAGAUGAACGGUAAGAACUCAUACUGUCUGUUCUGACUGCGCAGAACGGUUGGUCAUUUGUUUCCCUUUUUAAGUAUUUCCAAGCACGAUCCUGAUCACGGUGCAUCUAACACAAAGAGUUUCCUAGAGAUAUACAUGACAUAUACGUUCAGCCAAGAAUUUAAGUCCAAUGCAUCUGGUACCACGCCCAAGAGGAAGCAUGAUUGAUAGAGUAGGAAACUUCUGGAAUCCUCUUGUUUAUGUCCAGUGUCGCAGCAAACGCCGAAUGCACAUUUCCUGACGUCGGUCAUUUAACCACCCCCCAGCUUUUGGGAUGUCGCUAGCCAGCGCGGUUUAUGGCCUGCCGUCCACUGUUAUUCUAGAUACCUAGAAGUGACGUCUUGUAAUACAUUAUAAUAUUUCUUUUGAACUGCCUAAAUGUAACUGUCAUGCAACUGCUUACGCGCGCUAUUAUUUGCAUCUCUAGAAGCAGCCGGCGCUGAUGCCAAGGAGAACGACGCAGCCCAGAACGACGACGAUGAUGACGUCCCUGACCUAGUUGGAGACUUCGAUGAGAAAAGUCGUCUCGAAUAG